AUGCACAACUCGUCCGACCGCGAGCAGCUUGACACAGGACUGCAGCCAGACAGCGCCGAUCGAGGCAGCGAGCUUCACCGUCAACGCCGUCUCAAGCGCAGCCACCAUCUGAUGACCGACCAAGAUGAUGGCUUCGCUUCUUCCCAUGAUGAUCAACAACAGCAGCAACAGCAACAGCAGCAGCAGCAGCUCCUGUGCAAAUACAAGUCCGGCAAGUGUUCCAAUCCACGCGCUACAAAGCGAAAUGGACAGCUGCAUACGCUAUGCCAUUUCCACCGAGAUCGUCAGAACGAGCACCAGCGCAAGAGCGACCGCAAGCACCGCAUGGUCAGUGUCACACGGCGUGCCAAGCUCGGCAGCAUCGGCGUCGGCAGCGACAGCACUCGACGGCAUAGUCUCCACUCCAUCACGUCGUUGGAAGCCGCUUUUCCUAGCGGGUCUGCAGCCUCGCCGUUGAAUCAAUUUAGGUACGACCGGAAUGCGCCCGACGCGUCCACGAACGUGCAGUACCCCGCAGGCAAUAUACCCAUUGGUGGAUCCGGACCAGGCGAUAGAGGAGGUCUAGUGUUGCCACCGCCGCCGCCGCCGCCAGCAGCAGGAAUGACGCGCUUGCCUCCCAUUCGAUUCCUCAUGCCCGGCAAGCUCGAUGGUUACCGCGCUUCCAGCACAUCUGCACCUGGUCCACCCCCUGGUACCUUUAUCGCCAAUAGUUUCGACGACGACGACGACGACGCGGACGAUUCAGCAUGA